CCAGCCAAUCAGAGCGAGGCGCAGCAGAUUUGGAUUCGCAGUGAAACACUGUUGUUUUAGCUCUCGUCUAGGAAGCAACCCCCAAAUGUAGGGUAUUUUUUAAAACCAUUUAAACAAGUUACAUGUGGUGUUUGUCGUCCUUAAACCAAGCGACUGGAUCAGACGAGCACGAGUUAGAGAAUAAGCAGAGCACUACAGCCGCCGGAACACUUGCUUUUAGAGGAUAAAGGACCCAGCCAUGCCUUUACCGAGGAGAAAGAAACCCACCGUCUCCGCAGGGAGCAAGAUCCCCAAGCUAACAGCAACCACAAGUGAAAAGCAGCAGGAGGAAGGCUCGCAGGUGAAGAGGUCGUCCUCCCCUCCUCACGGAGCUCCCAAGAAGAGGACUGCUUUUAUCGACAUCACUAAUGCUGUCGGUCAGUGUCUGUCAGACUGUCGUCCUGACAGUGAUGACAGCCUCAACAAAGCUCAUAGCCUGCAUAUCAACAUUCCAGGGAGGAAGAAAGGCCCUGUGAAGAAGACGGCGAAGAAAACAUGCUCUACCUCUGUGUCAGCCAAGAAUCAGGCCAACUUGGCAAACUCUUCAUUGGUGAGCUCAGGAGGAACAACUGCUGAGAAAGAACAGUCUGGUACGGCGGAGGAGAACCUCCGCGAGGAUGCGCCACAGGAAGAUGCAGCAGCUCCAGUAGAAGAGCCGGCAGCUGCUGUGCCCCCUGCUGCCCAAGAAGUGCCAGCACAUCUCCAGAGACAGCAGAUCCCAGGGGAGUUUGACAUAGACUCUGAGAACUGUGAGGACAUUUACAUGUGCCCAGAGUACGCAAAGGAUAUCUUCGACUACCUCAAACAGAGAGAGGAGAAGUUUGUCCUCUGUAACUACAUGGCCAUGCAGCCCAGCCUCAACCAGGAGAUGAGGGCGAUCCUGAUCGACUGGUUGGUCGAAGUGCAGGAGAACUUUGAGCUGUACCAUGAGACACUCUACCUGGCUGUAAAGAUGACAGACCACUACCUGUCCUGCACUCCCAUCCACAGGGACAUGCUGCAGCUUGUCGGCUCCACUGCCAUGCUCAUAGCCUCUAAAUUUGAGGAGCGCAGCCCACCAUGUGUCGAGGACUUCUUGUAUAUCUGUGAUGAUGCGUACAAGAGGGAGGAGCUAAUCUCCAUGGAGGCCAGCAUCCUGCAGACACUGUCCUUCGACAUUAACAUCCCCAUACCUUAUCGGUUUCUCAGACGCUACGCCAAGUGUGCAAGUGCAGGCAUGGACACGCUGACCCUGGCUCGGUAUUUCUGCGAGAUGAGCCUGAUGGAGAUGGAGCUGGUGACAGAGAGAGGGUCUCUGUUGGCCUCAGCCUGCCUGCUGAUGGCGCUGGUCACCAAAGACCUUGGAGGAUGGUCUCCCAUCCUGCAGUUCCACUCCGGCUACCAGAUGUCUGAUUUGGCGCCUGUGGCCAGAAAGCUCUACUUUAUGCUUUUAGCACCUCCUGAUGGGAAACUGAAGGCCAUCAAGAGCAAAUACUCACACAAGGUGUUUUUUGAAGUUGCAUCCUUGCCACUGGUCGACAUGGGCAUUCUGGAAAAGGCUUUAUCUCAGUGAGAAGUUGCUCUCCUGGGGAGAAAAAAAAAAUUACCAGUUUGAAUUGAGUGAAAAUAUUUGAUUUUUUUUUACUCAGACCAAACCUGUAUAUAAUUUGUUAAUAUGUUUAAUAUUUACACACUGUAAUCUAGUCUUUUAUAUAAUGUUUUAAAUAAAUGUUAUGUUUCUGUUGGAAAAUAGUUUAAUGUGGGCGGUUUGCCAGCGCAUUGUGUUUGUAAUUAAUUUUCUUCAGUGUUAAAUUAGAUCAUUAGUAAUGCAUGAGCCCCCUGUGUGCACGAAUGUUGUGCAGACUUUAAAAAUGCUAAAAUAAUGAUAUAAUGGAAAAGUUGGCACAUGCUUACUUUUCCUGGUGAAUUCCCACUGGCUCACACAUGUUCAUGUUGCUGAAGUUAGCAGGUAUACCUGUUGUCAUACAUUUUGCUGUUUUUAUCAUGUUAAUAUUGUUAUAAAAAUGACCACAUAAUGCUGUGCUAUUUUUAAAAAAGGGUGCCUUGCUCUUAAAAUAAAGACAGAUUUUAAUGUGUUUUCUAAAGGGACUUUUUUGUUUGUUUGGGAGUGGUAGAAAUUUUGUGCUAAAUGUUUUAACAAACUGGAGGUUGGUUUUGGUAAAGGCAUUAUUUUAAACCUUGUUUGGCCACUAGAGGUCAGUAGUGCUCAAUGUUUCUCCAUGUGCCACUGACAUUUAGGAUGUACCUCCAGGCUCAGAUACUU